GUUAGUUAGUUCUAGCUUAACUUCCGGGUGUCGUAUCUGUGUAUAGAAAUUAAGAUGCCGAUUAGCACGAUGCUCACUGCGAAUAACUUGGUCUCCCAUAUUCCUUAGCAGUCUUAUCCAGUAUAUAGGGCUACCGAGUAGUUGCAGAUAUUUUCAUCUCUAUAUAAUAUAUACGUGUAUGGUAGGAGAAUCAUGGGGAACUGCCUAGGGAAGGAGGAGAAGAUCAAGACACAAGCACCACCCAGUAGAGAGGUUGCCCAGGGGGAAAAUGGCUCGGUUGUGUUAAACCCGAGCAAUGUAACAGUCACGUUCAACAAUCCUCAAACAACCAACAGGCCCUUGCCUGAUGUGCCAAAAACAAAACCAGGGGCCUACAUUGUUAAAGCUUUAUAUGACUAUGAAGCAAGGACAGAGGAUGAUCUCAGUUUUCACAAAGGAGACAAAAUGGAAGUUAUUGGUGACAGUGAGAACAUGGAUUGGUGGUUGGCCCGUCAUUUGGUGACAGGAGAGGAAGGUUACAUUCCCAGUAACUAUAUCACUAAAGAUGAUGAUUCCACAGAGUCACAAGACUGGUAUUAUAACAUAGACAGAAGAGAGGCAGAUAAACAGUUAUUGCUUCCUGGCAAUCCAAGAGGAACAUUCCUUGUCCGUUCAAGCUCAGACAAGAGCUCAUAUGCACUGUCAGUGCGGGAUUUUGACAUGAAGAGCAAUGACGUUGUCAUUAAACACUACCGCAUGAGGAGGCUGGACAAUGGCGGCUUUUACAUCAGUCCCAAGAGAACAUUCGGGACCAUCACAGAGUUGAUCAAUCACUAUAUGGAGGGAUCUGAUGGCCUUUGCUGUCAGCUUACAAACCCAUGCCCUAAGAUACGUCCAGUGGUGCCUUUUAGAGAACUGGAAAUCAAUAGAAAUUCCAUUAAAUUGAUUAAAAAACUAGGAGCUGGGAACUUUGGAGAAGUAUGGGCUGGCAAAUGGAAGAAUGUGGACACAGCAGUGAAACUACUGAAACCUGGAUCUAUGUCAGCAGACGCCUUUCUGGAGGAGGCAAAAAUUAUGCAUAAAUUACGGCAUAACAAUUUAGUCCAGUUGCUAGCUGUGUGCACAGACUCUGAACCUAUAUAUAUAAUAACUGAACUUAUGGUCAAUGGAGCUCUACUGGACUACUUAAGAAAAGAUGAAGGAAGAGCUUUACGACUUCAACAGUUUAUAGAUAUGGCUGCUCAAAUUGCCUGCGGCAUGGCAUACUUAGAAGAGGAAAACUUUGUCCAUAGGGAUUUACGAGCUGCCAACAUUUUAGUUGGUGAAAACAAUGUAGUAAAAAUAGCAGACUUUGGUCUAGCUAGAUUAACAGCAAAGAAGAAUGAUGAUGGAGAAGAAGAAAAUGUGUAUGAGGCUAAUGAAGCCACAAAAUUCCCAAUCAAGUGGACUGCCCCGGAGGCAGCAUGGGAUAGGCGGUUCACCAUUAAAUCCGAUGUCUGGUCAUUUGGAAUCUUACUGUAUGAAAUGGUCACAUAUGGAAGGGUACCAUAUCCAGGACUAAAAAAUAAAGAGGUAAUGAAACAAGUGCAGCUUGGGUACAGAAUGCCCAAACCUACCUCUCCGGAGUUCACUGUACCAAAUGCCUUGUACGACAAGAUGCUGGAGUGCUGGAAGGCGGACCCUGAAGAAAGACCAUCAUUUCAUGAGCUCUUUGCUUAUUUCACAGACUAUGCUAUUGACAUGGGGGAAAACGAAAAUGGUGAUGAGGAAUACAGAGGUCCUGAGGAUUUUGGACAUGAUUACGCUGAAACCCCGGAGGAGGAGGAGAUAAAUUUGGGGCUAACUUACUGAAUAGUAGUCAAUAUGCCUUUAUUGCUGACUGUGGUAAGCAAAUACCACUAAAUGACAUGUAAUGUGUGUUAUACCCUGUCUUGACAGUUGUGAAAACUUGCCUUGCAUGUGUUUUGCCUCUGUACAAUGCAUUGCUGAACAAUUACAAUUAUUGCAUUCACAAUACAAUAUUCAAUUAAUAACCAUUUGGAGUUUAGACAAAUGAGGAACACCAUGAUUUUCUGAGGUAUCCCAUUGAAGUUUUGCUACUUGAGACAAAUAAAUUCAUAAUUUAUUGAUAUUGUUUUGAGUAUCCUGUGGUCAUUUGAAGUGGCAAAAGAGGCAGGUCUUUUUAUCAAAAUACAUCAAUUUUGUUAUUGAUAAACAUGAUACAUAUUACAUGAAUUGCCAUGCUUAAAGCAAUUUAAACUGCAUAGGGUACAACUAGCAUUUAAGUUUGGCGCAGGGUCUUAAA